AGGCCGCCUAAACUUUUAGGUUAGAAAACAAUUCCAGCCCAUUAAUGAAAACCCUAGAGCUGUCACCCAUCACCCCUCGCGAAGAGACGCGUAGAGAGGUCAGGGUCGACGCCUCCACCGCCGGGUACGUUGAUGUCGCGAGAGUUUCCGGUAAUAGAGGCGCUGCCGAGGGAGGUUCCGCCUUCGUGAGGUUUUUCCGCUUGUUCUCCCUCACCACUCGGUUUUUUUAUAGCUACAGUGAUCACAAACAAUGGCGGGGAAACUGGGAAAGGCAGCUUAUGAUGCAAAGAUGUUGAAGCUUCUGAGAGAGUACAGUCAGGUGCUGGUGGUUUCAUCUGACAAUGUGGGUUCAAAUCAGCUUCAGGGCAUACGGAGGGGACUCCAUGCUGAUUCAGUUGUGGUGAUGGGAAAGAACUCCCUGAUGAAACGCUCUAUCAUCUUGGAUGCUCAGAAGACUGGCAACAAGGCCUUCCUUAACCUUGUCCCCCUUCUUGUGGGAAAUGUGGCAUUAAUUUUCACCAAAGGUGACAUAAGGGAGGUCAGCGAACAGAUUGCCAAGUACAAGGUUGUUCAACCUAUUCUAAUGUGUCCCAAGUAUAUGUCACAUGACACAUACCAGAAUUGUUCCUAUAUGCAAUCCGGACAGUUACCUUUGGGCCUUACAUGUUGUAAUCAGCAGCAGUCUUCGCAGGUUUCUGAGCCUUUUCUUGUAUGCUCAAAAUUCCAGCCACACCAACAUUGUUUCAUGAUGAGAUCAAGGCAGUUCUUGAUGACAAGUAUAUGGUCUCCUCUACUCCUUUUGGCUGGCAACUUGUGACAUGGAUCACAUGGUUUGUAUUACUCCUUCCUUUGACUUUCAAACUCUAUUUAGUUCUCCCGUUUCAGGGGAUUAUGGAAAAUGAAAUGAUUUUGACCCGGCUUUCAAUUUUAUCACUAGAUUUUUAGUUCACCCAGAAAUUUCAUCUUCUUUUUGAAUAAGAAUAUGACAACAUAUUUGUUAUCUAAUUUGUCUAGUAAGUACAGCAUCUUGUGACAGUCUAUAAGCCUCACUAUUUGCACAAUUUCAGAAUCUUUUAUUUGAUUUUUAUUAUGUUGAUUUCUCAUCAUGAUCUCA